UAUAGUGGCUUUUUUGAAAGGAAAGUUUGUCAAGCUGGGUUCUCAAGUGUCAACUAAUGAUGGGGUGCAGCCGGAGGUUAAUGACUACAGAGACAGUAGUAGACUUUCUGGGGAUUCGCCUGCUUCCGACCGGUCCACCUCUAAACUAGCAGGUAAAAAGAAAAAAGGUACAGCCUUGCAGAUUGGUAGUCCGACUGAAUUUGAGCACGGCCUUCAUGUUGAAUAUCACCACGAGAGCGGAAUGUUCUUGGGUCUGCCAGAUGUAUGGCAAAAUACGGUGCCAAGUGACGAGAUAGUGAAUACUCGGUACAUUAAUCCCAAUCUCGUACCACGCCCUGGGUCUUCUGAAAAAACAGAGAUAACUGGGAAGAACAUAGGUACUCCAUUCAACACAAAACAUGGCUUACCUCCGGAAAUGAAAGCUAGUCUAAAAUCUGCUGGAAUGAGAAACGAAGAGUUUAAGCGACAACCAGGAAAGCUUACACAACAAAAUAGCCUACAUGAUUCUCGUUCUAAAACAGCGGCCAGCCGCUUACAAAAUCCUGUGCAUCAGCGCUCUAUAUCUCUUGGCACGCAAGACCGUGAUGGUUCACAAUUACAUUCGCCAACGGAACCCGCAUUCACACGCAAAACAUCCGCAACACACUUAUCUCUUCGAAAGAAUUCGGCUACAUCAAAGUUUAAUCAUUUGAACGAACCGACUAAUGGCAUAUCCAGUAAGGCCGGGUCACGAAAAGGAUCAACAUCGUCGCAAGGUUCAGCAAAAGAAUCACAAUCUCCUACUUCAUUUAAGCAAGCCACCUCACCAUCCCAGUCUACGUCAAGGCGGAUUCCACCGAAAAUGACUAUUCAAUCAGUAUCGACGCCACAUCAAAAUAUAUCUACACCUUCUCAAUCACCGAGGAAAAUUGUAGUGGCUGGUCCCAGUCUCUCUAGGGACCCGAACAGUCCUCAGAUCACAUCGAGAAACAAGAGUGUUUCGCCUGAUACACUACGGGAUCUGCCAUCAUCACCACUUCCUUACGAACGAACUUUCAGUAAUGGUUCUCAGAUCACAUCGAGAAACAAGAGUGUUUCGCCCGAUAUAUUACGGGAUCUACCAUCAUCACCACUUCCUCACGAACGAACUUUCAGUAAUGGUUCUCAUAUCACAUCGAGAAACAAGAGUGUUUCGCCUGAUACACGGGAUCUGCCAUCAUCACCACUUCCUCACGAACGAACUUUCAAUAACGGUUCUCAGAUUACAUCGAGAAACAGGAGUGUUUCGCCCGAUAUAUUACGGGAUCUACCAUCAUCGCCACUUCCUCAUGAACGCAACGGUUCUCAGAUCACAUCGGCGAAUAAGAGUAUGUCACCUGAUAGGUUACGGGGUCGGCCAACGUCACCACUUCCUCACGAACGAACUUUCAACAAUGGUUCUCCGAUCACGCCGACAAACAAGGGCGUUUCGCCAGAUAUAAUACGGGAUCGGCCAUCGUCACCACUUCCUAACGUACGAACCUUCAACAACGGCCCACCCUACGAAAAUAGUAAUGGACACAUAACGCCAAGAAAGACACCCAAUGAAUCACAGUAUGCACAAAGACUAUUGAGUUCGCCUGUUUUUCCACCAGAGAGGAGAGGAUCAGCGUCUCCUUCGAAAGAUAGAUUUGGUCCUGUUCCGCAAGAUAAUAUUAAUACAGAUAAUCGCGCAAAAACGUUUUCUAAUAACAUACCGAAUAUACAAUGGGAUCGAAUACCUCCUCCACCAAAAGACAUUCCAAAGCUUCAAGCUCCGCCGAUCAAGGCUAAGCAAAUCCCAUUACCCAAGGAAAUACAACAUCUUGCUGAUAUCUUGGACAAGGGUGAUCCAACACUGUCGUACACAGAUUUAACCCAAAUAGCUGAAGGAGAAUCUGGUGAUAUGUAUGCUGCACGAAAGGCAGACAAAGUGGUUGCUAUCAAGAUUAUACCGUUUACAAGUACGGCAAAAUUGAGCAUACUAAAGAAUGAAGUCUCACUAAUGAAGAUGAACAAGCAUAUCAAUAUAGUUGAAUGUCUUGCGUGCUGUUCUACAAAGGAGGCUGUAUGGGUUAUUAUGGAAUGCAUGGAUGUAUCGUUAGCAGAUCUUAUCCUAAUGCAUCCAGAUGGACCACGUUUUACUGAACCGCAAAUAUCGACUGUAGCUCAUUCAAUAUUACAAGCUCUCAUACAUUUACAUAAAGGACAUUGUAUUCAUCGUGAUGUUAGGAGUGAUAAUAUAUUGCUGGAUGCACAUGGAAAUAUAAAACUCGCCGAUUUUGGUCAUGCCAUAAAGCUUGCUGAUGCAAAUGCCCGACGAAAUUCUGUCGUUGGAACAACGUUUUGGAUGGCACCGGAAGUUAUAAGAGCAGCCCAAUAUGACACAAAGGUUGACAUAUGGAGUCUUGGUGUUGUAUUAGUUGAAAUGGCCGAAGGUAAUCCACCAUAUGCUGAACAUCCCCCAUUAAAGGCAUUGGCACUAAUCGCCCAAUAUGGCAUACCGCCGCUAAGUAAGCCAGAAAAAUGGUCAGCGGAAUUUAAAGACUUUUUAGCACUAUGCACGGAAAUGGAUAGUAAUGAACGGAAAACAGGACAGGAACUUGUGACACAUGCUUUUCUUGAGAAAUUAGCAGAUAGCAGUGAGUUCAAGUCGAUGAUUGAGGAGUUUCACCAAAUGGAGGACAAUGCGGAGGAAGACGAAGAUGAUGCAGACUAUUAUGUCAAGAGUUUGACGGGUUAUUUAAGUGAAUCUUAA